UUUAUCCUUGGAGUCAUACAGCAUCAGUGUCGUGCAGUUGCUUGGCCUUAACAUGGGACUGAGUUUUGAUAAUACUGAGAUCUGCCACUGUUCAGGAGAUGUUUGCAUAAUGUCGUCAGAAGCUGUGCACUCUGCGGGUGUAAAGGAUUUUAGCACCUGUAGCUUGGAUGACUUUAAAUAUUUUGCUUCACAUUCUGGCCUUGAAUGUCUUCGUAACAUCUUUCCUGAGAAGCCAGCUUACAAGCAGGGCACAGUAUGUGGCAAUGGAAUUUUGGAAGCAGGUGAAGAAUGUGAUUGUGGUACUUUACAGGAUUGUACACAUAUGAAAUGCUGCGAUCCUAGAACAUGUAGAAAAAAGAAGAGAGAGUUAGUAUGUGGCUCUGGGGAAUGCUGUACCACGAGAUGUGUGCUGAAGCCACCUGGUACUGUGUGUAGGGAGCCAGUUGAUGAGUGUGACUUCAGGGAGUACUGUAGUGGGACUCGGCCACACUGUGGGGUGGACACCUAUGCACGAAAUGGAGAGAUUUGCUCUGGGGGUUCCUCCUUCUGUUUCGGUGGACGCUGUCGGUCAUACACAGCGCAGUGCAAGCGUUUACUUGGAAGAGGUGCUAGAGGUGGUCCAUUUGCUUGUUUUGAUGAAAUAAAUACAAGAGCAGAUAAAUUUGGAAACUGUGGCCGAGGAUUUUGUGAUUUCCGUCAUGCCCUAUGUGGAAAAUUAGUGUGUGCCUGGCCACACAAAGCUAUAGUAACACAUCCAAAUUUAUCUGUGAUUUACACACAUGUGCGAGGGGAAAUAUGCACAUCUACAUUUCUACACACGGAUAAGCCAGUUAAAGGAACAAUGACCACAAUUGAUAGACCUGAAGAAAGAGAUGAGACAUUUGUGGAAGAUGGCAGUAUGUGUGGACCUUAUAUGUUUUGUCUGAAGUUUCUAUGUGUAGAGGCCAAAUACCAAAUGAAUCUUAGGGCUUGCAAUUCUGAUAUCGAUUGUCAUAAAAAUGGAACCUGCAACAAUUUUAACCAUUGCCAGUGUAAGGAGGGAUUUAUGCCUCCUAAUUGUUUACCAAAGGAAGGAGAAUUUGGAAGUAUUGAUGAUGGACAUGUGAUCAAAUCUGGUAAAGGUUAUUUGGAGGAAAGAUCUCUCACUGGUACAAAACACAGAUUUCAACUCAUCUUGUACCUUUCCCUACCCGUACUGCUCAUUACCACCGCUGUCAUCAUAAAGCGGAAUAAAAUAAGACAGCUCUGUGACAGAGGGGAAACGGAAAGUGAGACAUCUGUGUCAGAAGGAAGCAGCAGUGACAGCAAGUUGUCCCCCAGCGCAAGUAACGGUUGAUAACAGUAUUGGCCUGAAGAGAGGAUAGGACCAAAUAACUCAUCAGAAACUGGCUUAAACCAAGAAGGAAAAAAAAAAAAACAACAAUUUCUCCCUCCCCUCUGUUGUCACUACUGAGGGUUUAAAUUAUGAAAUAAUAAAUCAUCUCUACCUGAAUCACCUGAAUUACGUCUGGUGUUUUUCCCUUAAUUUUCAUUUCCAACUCCCAUCCUAUCUACUCUAACUUGACUCCAGAAAAGUAUCUGAAUCAGGUCAAAGCAGCCAAAGACCCUCAUCCCAUAGAGCGGCAAGAGCCUGCCGGUUGAGGCCAUGACCCCAGGAUGGAGAGUACCCUUUUCUGCUACUGCUUUUUAGGUUGCCCUGAUCCCCCUGCCCCUCAGUCUGACCUUCCUCCUCCCCUGCAGAGCUCCCUGACUUCAGCUAGCCUGUGACUUGUCCUAGUGGCACUUAGGUAGGAGUUGAAUCCAGUCUUUCUCUUGUUCCUGCAUCUCCGCUUUGAAAGCUUGAUACCCACUUGACAGAGUUCAGAUUCCUGUUUACCACGAGGAGCUUUACCACGAAGCCAAGGAAGCAAAAGCAUCAGGGCAACUUACUUCCAUAAGUUCUUUUCAGCCUCGGGGACCUGAUUUUGUAUGUCAUCCACAACAAAUAAUUCUGUAUCUUUUGAGAAAUGGGGGUAUGUUCCUGGGCUCUAGGAGAGCUGGAACAAUUGACCUUCAGACACCAGGUGGCCACACAUCUGAACUGCUCACUAUGGCUGGCCACGCCACGAAGUCAGACUCCUGUUCCCCAGCACAACAGCACUGGUUUUCUUCCUGUAGCUUGUGCCUGUGGCCAUGUUAGUCUGGGUCCCAUCAGGAAACAGGAAUUACACAGUAAUUUAAAUAGGAAGUAUAAUAAUAAGCGCCAAUGGAGAGUGAUUAUAAAGCUAUAAAGAGAACUCUGCAGGUAUCUGAGGGGUCUGAGGGAAAGUACCUGGGGAAGGACAAGAUUGGAAGGGUGGCCACUCUCCAAGCCUGGGGUUCAGACCAGGUAUAUAUACAAGUGUGUAUUUCACCUGUUUUGUUAAUAUCAGCUGAAAUAUCUGUGGAGAC